AUCGCUGUCAGUUUCGAGUGUGCUGCGCUGCGAUCGUCGUGCGUGUGUUGCAAAAGACGUGAAAAAAGAAACGGGAAUUUUCUGAAGAGUGCUUUAAUUUUCACGUAUUCGUGGCCAAAUCGCAGCAAAUUACCGUCGAAACAUUGCUCGGAAUCCGCGCAAGCAUACUUCGGACGUUUUAGUGCGUGGCAAAUUUGGAUUACGGUGUUCUUUGGUGGGAAAAAUUGCGAAAGAAUCGACGGCAGUCCGAAGGUUGGAAUUUUUUGUUGGCGGAGGAUGGAAAAAAGAAGGUUCGCCUUGGAAGAGCAGUGAAGUGUUGUCGAGCUGGAAAGGUGAAGUAGAAGGAGGUGGCAGGGAGUGACGAAACAAAAGCCCAGGGGGGAAGUCAUCGUAUGCGGUUGGAGUGGUGUGGCGCACUCACACUUGAAGAAGUUUGUUCGUCGUUGCGGUGGAUGGAGUUUGUGAUGCACAUUCGUUUGCUCUUUGGCAACAAUAGUGAGAAGUUUUUGGGCUUCAUAGAGCGCAUUGAAGGUGUAUUCCGGAUCGGGCGCAGCAAUAGUUCAAUCACAAACAGAAGCUCAGUGUUGUGAAGAAAAUAACGAGCAGCAGCAACAGCAGUGUUGAAAGGCGUAGCCAACAUCGCAGCCCUGACAGAAGAAACAGUGAAGCCCGCGGAGACGGCCAGCUUCAAGACGUCGAACAAAAAAAAGUGAAUAAUUGGCUCUCGGUGUGCGACUGUGUGAGAAAGUGUUGUAAUGCAUCUGGUGAAAUUUGUUUUUCUUCAUCGCCGUCGUCAUCAUCAAAAUCAGCAGCAGCAGCUUCAAAGUCGUCACUGUCUUAGCCAGCAGAAGAAUUAGACGUACUACGUGCUGGUUUCGGGGUUUCCAUUAUUGUGUAGAGGCUGCUAAAAGCUGGAACCAGAACAUAGCAGUAAAUAUAAAGAGCCACAAAGGAAGAAGGUGCUUCCGGAAUCGAUUGUAGCGGUCGUGCAGAUAGUGACCAGCAGCGGCUGGGGCGCUAGGGGAGGAUGAUUGUACAGGAACCAGUGCAGGCUGCAAUAUGGCAUUGCUUAAACCACUACGACUAUCAGAACGCAAUCUUUCUAGCGGAGAGAUUAUGUGCCGAAGUGGAGUCGGAGGAGAGCUUAUACCUGCUGGCGACCUGUUACUACCGGGCCGGGCAGAAACAUCAAGCCCACUGGUUAUUGUCCUCCAAAAGUGUCCGUUCGACGCAGUGUCGAUUUCUCCUUUCCAAGUGUGCCUUCGAUCUGAAGCGAUACUCGGAAGCGGAGCACACACUGAUCAACGAUGAUCACCUGCGAGCGCGGCAUCUUGACGAGGUAGCCAAAGAGUUCGGAGAGAUUGGUUGCUUCGCGUUGGAGUUGCUGUCGAAGAUCUGUCAAAAGACUGAACGAGGGAAGUUGGCGAACGAUGCUAGCAAAAAAGUCGUCAAACUGAAUCCCUUUCUGUGGCAAUCGUUCGCAGACUUGUGCAACCGAGGGGAGAAGCCAGAUCCCACCAGCGUAUUCCAGCUAACCAGCACGGACGUGUUUGCAACUAGUCAAGCCACAAAUCCUGCGAUUAAUUCGUCGAUGGUGUGGUUUGGGAAUGGGGCUGGCGGCGGUACAGGGGGUGGAGGAGGAGGAGGUACUUUUGUCGGAACGGAUAGUUUUGAGCAGCACUUGAUCAGCACACCGGAUCAGGUUUCACAAUAUCUUAUUCAGAAUAUAAUCAACACACCAAAUAAUCCUCCACAGCAGCAACAGGCACAGGGUCAAAACAUUAGCAGUUUAGCAAAUAUUAGAAUGGGUGGCGGUAAUCUGAAUUCUAGUGGAGUAGCACCAGAAGAUCAAACGCCCAACAUGGGUGAUGUUGGAACGCCCUUCCGAAAGCAGCAGUUUAAAUAUCUGGCUGCGAUAAGUCCUACGACACCCAGCUUCGGAAUUCUCCCGAUUAUGCACAGUCCAAUUUUGCAUGAUCAAUCUGCGCUGAUAAUGACACCAUCGCCACAGCAGUUUUCCUCGGCAACGGGUUAUCAACAGCAGGGACAGCAACAGCAGGCACCAACGCAGCAACAGACCAGCCAGCAACAGCAUCAAAUUAUCGCUGAUAGCGAUCAGCAAAAGAUGGCGUUGUCGAGCAGUAAUAAGAAGAUGCGUGGACAUCACAAUUUAGGUACUAUGGGAAAUAUCAUCAACCGGAAAAGUGAUACGACGGCAACGACGAUGCUUCUGCAGCAACAAAGUACAAACACGAAACCGAAUGUGUUUAGUCAGACAGGCAACCAACUGACGACGCCGCGCACACCAAAUACGACCGGCGCUCCAAUAUUACAAUCCCAAUACGUGCGCCGGAGUUCCCGCCUCUUCAGUAACAAUAACUGCUCCGUCAAGGAGAAUGCUAAAAGUCCCCAGUUGAACAAUAAGUUUGUGGCACCUAGAUCUCCGCCACGCAAGUCCAAGCAGCGAAUCUCAAAGAACCUGAACAGCAGUACCGCUAAUCUGCUGGAGAAUGUCGAACGAAAGUCUUCCACUGGUGGCGACGGAAAGGAAAAAAUAGAAACUAUCACUUCGAGCGAAACACUCAGCGAAAAGGUCUUCAUCAAUAAUAGCAUAAAUAGUGCACAGAAGAUGGCUCAGCAGGUGCUGGCAAUGAAAAAGCAAAGUGCCGAUGGACUGAUGACCCUGCUGCGGGAACUUGGUCAGGGCUACAUCCGGUUACAGAGCUACGACUGUGAGAAAGCGAUCGAGCAUUUCAGUAACGUUCCACCGCACCACUACAACAGUAGUUGGGUGCAGAGUAUGAUCGCGCUGGCGCAUCACGAAAUGCGAGACUACGAAACGGCGGUCAAUAUCUUCCGGGAGAUACACGACAAGGAACCGCAUCGAUUACAGUACAUGGAGAUCUACAGUACGGACCUGUGGCACCUGCAGAAGGACGUGAUCUUGUCGGCUCUGGCCCAGGACCUAAUGGCACAGGAUAAAAACUCGCCGAUUACGUGGUGCGUUGCCGGCAAUUGCUUUUCUGCCCACAAAGAACAUGAAACGGCGAUCAAAUUCUUCUUUCGUGCAAUACAGGUGGAUGAGGACUUCCCGUACAGUUACACUCUACUAGGUCACGAGCUCGUUGUCACCGAGGAGCUCGAGAAAGCCCUGUCGAUGUACCGCUAUGCCAUCCUGAGGGACUCGCGGCACUACAACGCAUGGUUCGGCAUUGGAACCAUAUUCAGCAAACAGGAACGGUACGAACUGGCAGAGCUGCACUACCGUAAGGCGCUGGCUAUCAACCCGAAGAACUCGGUCAUCAUGGUUCACAUUGGUGCGAUGCAAUUCUUUCUGAGGAAAUCGGCACAAGCACUGCGGACUUUGAAUGCCGCGAUUGCACUGGAUCCAAAGAACCCGCUGUGCAAGUUCCAUCGGGGAUCGAUGUACUUUUCGAUGGGUCGAUACCAGGAGGCGUUGAAUCAGCUGGAAGAGCUGAAACAGAUCGUGCCAAAGGAAGCGGUAGUGUAUUAUGUGAUGGGUAAGAUCUACAAAAAGCUUGGAAAUGUGGAUCUCGCACUGAUGCAUCUUAGCUGGGCGACGGAUUUGGGUUCAAAGGGAGCAAACAACCAAAUCAAGGACAAUUUUGAUUCCAUUAUGCGAACGCAGGAUGGUGGAACAGGCACAUUAGGGGCGGCGGGAUCAAGUUCAGGAAACGCGGGAGCGAUGGGUUCUACCAGCGAAGGAACGGAAGGAGGUGGGUUGGGAAGUGUCGGUUUCAGUGGACUUGCCGAAGCGGACGUUGGUAGUAGUAGUGCGGAUCCGGACUAUUCGGUCGGCGGGGAGCAGGCCUCUAGCGACGACUCGACCGCCAAUGCUCGGAAUGAAUCGCUGGACGUUUUCAGCGGAAAUCUGUACGAUAGUGAUAGUUACUAGAGCAAAUCUUGGAUAGCUUUUCGGUUCGUUAUCCUUAGUCCACUUUUCCUUUAGAAGUCGAUGUAGCUCUAUGCGUGUUUUUGUAUUAUAAAAGGUCGUCUGAUGAUAUGUUCCAAGCCCUUAAUUAUAAUUUAGCGCUUGUUGUUGCAGAAAAGCUAACAAAUUGAAGAUCCUUGCAAAUGAGUCCAGGAUCAAGUACUGUACUAGCCAAUUGAGCUCCUCCUGAGUAUAAUAUAAACCUCCCUUAGAGUCUACACUGUAUAGAAUUAAUUAUAUCGAAAAAUUACAUUACAAUUGAGCAAACGAAUAAUUAGCAGAGAAAUUGCAAAAAAUAGCUCCAAACCCACCAAAUUCACAGAACCAUAGUUGCAGUUGCAAAUAGAUCCAAACAUCUUCUCGGUUACAGUUCGAUUUAAUCACAUUAAAUUCGAGUCCUUUAGAAGAAUCGCCUUGAUAUCCAGAAGCAUUGCUUGGGAGCUGAUCGCUGCAUGCUGUCACACCAUCAUCAGUCGUGGUCAUCGUUAUAGUCAUGAUACAUUUUCCUUUGGUUGGCCGAUUGUACCAGGAGAAGGAGCAUCGAGCGAUGCAAACACAUAAUAAUAUUACUAAUUGACUGACUGGCUAAUAGUUAGUAAAAAAAAACAAAACAAAUAGGAUGGAACUCAGUCCCGUGUUCUGACUAAUUUGCUUGAUGAUCAAUGAGAAGAGCGUUGUUUGAUCGUGUUUGAAAACGGAAAUUAGCAAGUCCAGAAAUUCAGAGUAUGUGCGGAUAGGAAGGUUACAAAACAAAUAAAAUGGAAAAUAAAUAGGCAGUUUGUAUGAAUUAUUUAAA